AUGGAUCCUAACCAGAGCGUGAAGUGUAAAAUCGUUGUCGUUGGGGAUAGUCAGUGUGGAAAAACUGCUCUACUUCACGUCUUUGCGAAAGAUUGCUUUCCAGAGGUAGGACUAUUGUUGGAUGUCGUUUGGAUGAAUGAACUAACUUGCGUGUUUGUGCCAUUUACGAGUCGUUACCCGAGGGGGAAGUGUCGGAAAAUGAUAUUUUCCGAACUUUUAUGUGCGCUUUUACGCACAUACCAAGUGAUUCAAAUUAACUGCUUGCAGAAUUACAGAUUAAAUUACGAUGCAGAAUGUGUUAGUGUUUUUUUGUGCAACUCAUCUUGGUGUAUUGGAUAACGUUUGUAUGAUCAACAUAAUGAUGUAUUGCAAAUUCUUUAUUUUAUAGAACUAUGUCCCAACGGUGUUUGAGAACUACACAGCCAGUUUUGAAAUCGACACGCAAAGAAUAGAACUCAGUCUCUGGGACACUUCA